GUCCUCAUUUCCUUGAGGCCUGGCCCCUCCCUCCCCAACCUUGCCCUCCUUAGCUCCAAAUUUACAAGUGUUUGCUCUUCCUUUCAGUGUUAGGGAGAGAAGCGGAGGAACGAGUUGAAAAUCAGCUCUGGGUUUCUGCCUCCUGUACACAGCUAUCUCUUUACCCUCUCCCUCGUUUCCCCACAUUGCACGCUGGGGGACUUCUGUAGCCUCGUCUAUCCCGAGCGCUUGGUCCCGCAGCUGGGGACCCACUGAUGCUCUUUGACCCGGAGCUUCCCGAAAGGUGUCUGCCUCCGCGGGUGCUCGAGGCCACGCAGAGGUGUUUCUUCCUCCCCACCUCACUUCACCCACAGACCUCUCUUGCCAUCAUUUCAUCCACCCUUAUAUAAAACACCGCUCCCCCCACCCCCACCGCCUCCGCCACCCUAGCCGGCGCAGCGCCCCCCUCCCUCGGCUGCGCCUGGGCGGGCAGGGAGCUGAAGGGACCGGGACGCGCCUGAGGCGCGCAGAGCUCUCCAGCAGCCCGCGCUCGCCGCGCCUGGGGAAUUGGCUGUGGGCGAGGCGGCCUGAGCUGGCCUUUAUCGCUCGCCCCGCUGGUCGCUUGAAACUUUAUCAGCGAGUCUCGCCACUCGCCGCAGACGCAAACGGGGGGCGGGGGCGCGGCGAGGCGCCGGCGGCCGUGACGAGGCGCUCCCAGCGCCGAGCGCUUCUGCUCCGGGCACGCAUGGCGCCCGCACACGGAGUCUGACCUGAUGCGGACGCAAGGGGGUUAAUAUGAACGCCUGUCUCGUUGGAAUCUGGCUCUGGCUCCCUCUACUCUUUACCUGGCUCAGCCCUGAGGUCAGCUCUUCAUGGUGGUACAUGAGAGCUACGAGUGGCUCCUCCAGGGUGAUGUGUGACAACGUGCCAGGCCUGGUGAGCCACCAACGGCAGCUGUGCCACCGACACCCGGAUGUGAUGCGUGCCAUCGGCCUGGGCGUUACUGAGUGGACGAUGGAGUGCCAGCACCAGUUCCGCCAGCACCGCUGGAACUGCAACACCCUGGACAGGGAUCACAGCCUCUUCGGCAGGGUCCUGCUCCGAAGUAGCCGGGAAUCUGCGUUUGUUUACGCCAUCUCUUCAGCUGGAGUUGUAUUUGCCAUCACCAGGGCCUGUAGCCAAGGAGAAUUAAAAUCCUGUUCCUGUGACCCAAAGAAGAAGGGAACCGCCAAGGACAACAAGGGCACUUUUGACUGGGGUGGCUGCAGUGAUAACAUUGACUAUGGGAUCAAGUUUGCCAGAGCGUUUGUGGAUGCCAAGGAAAGGAAAGGCAAGGAUGCCAGAGCCCUGAUGAAUCUUCACAACAACCGAGCCGGCAGGAAGGCUGUAAAGAGGUUCUUGAAACAGGAGUGCAAGUGUCAUGGCGUGAGCGGUUCCUGUACCCUGAGGACCUGCUGGCUGGCCAUGGCUGACUUCAGGAAAACGGGCAAUUAUCUCUGGAGGAAGUACAAUGGGGCCAUCCAGGUUGUCAUGAACCAGGAUGGCACUGGUUUCACUGUGGCUAACAAGAGGUUUAAAAAGCCAACGAAAAAUGACCUCGUGUAUUUUGAGAAUUCUCCAGACUACUGUAUCAGGGACCGAGAUGCAGGCUCCCUGGGUACAGCGGGCCGUGUGUGCAACCUGACUUCCCGGGGCAUGGACAGCUGCGAAGUCAUGUGCUGUGGCAGAGGCUACGACACCUCCCACAUUACCCGGAAGACCAAGUGUGAGUGUAAGUUCCACUGGUGCUGUGCCGUGCGCUGCCAGGACUGCGUGGAGGCCCUGGACGUGCACACGUGCAAGGCCCCGAAGAGCCCCGACUGGGCUGCUCCGACAUGACCCCAGUGGAGGCUACCAUCCAUCUUCCCUCCCGCAAGGACUCCAUUGGAUCUGCAAGGACGCUGGGCCUUUGGGUUCUCUCUGGGAGAUACUUCCUGAGGCACAGAAGCCCCUUCCCCCUCCCUGGGGGGCCAGGACAGGGGCCACACGCUGCACACUAAGUCUUCCCUAUUUUCUCUGACUUCUGGCAUCCUGGGACAUGUCUCUUCCUGGUCACAACAGGUUGUUAGAGGAGCGGAGGGGCCAGGUCACUGUUUCCACCCCCCUCGACAUUUCCUCUUUCUAGAGCAGAUGACCAGAGAGAAAAAGUGUCUCAAAUGAGCUUCCUCUGUGUUUUUCAACAAAUGUUCACAGUUAAGAAAUUCUAUACUUCUCCCUGGAGGGUAAAGUAAAGAAAGCAGAAUCAAUCCCCACUGAUUUAACUUUAAUUCUUGAAAAGACCAAGCAAGGCUUUUGCCUGAUGAAGUGAUUUUCACAGCCUGCUACCUCUGGGGUAAUCAAUCGGUAAUUGGCUGGAGAAAAAUGGCUUUCAAUAAACUUCAGGUUUCAAAUGCAUGUAUUUCAAGGCAUUUGUUGCCAUAUUAAAAUCUGAUGUGACAAGGUGGGUCUGUUGUCCAUUGGUACAGUUUGGAAUCUGUGCAAUAGCAAAAGCCUCAGAAAGUGACUGCUUUGCAUUACUGUCCACUCAAUAUAAAGAACCUUUUAGGGAAUGAGAUUUGAAGAGAUUUAAAAAGGAGACUGAUGAUCUGGCAGUAUUCUGUAAGUACUGGGUGAAGAUGGAGGGAAGUAGUGUAGAGAGUGGAAGGUUAGAAAAUGUGUCUGUACAACAUGAUAAGGGGGAAAGUGGGGAAUAAAAUUCCUACUUGGUGUGA